CUUGUAGGAAAGCUACUGUACAUUGUGUUACUACAGUACACGAUGGCUGGCGUAGCUGGACUGGAGCAAGAGCCCCGCAUGACAACAGGACGUCCCUCAUCAGCCCGACGCCAACAGUCAGGGCACGUCGUCAGCAAUGUCUUCAAGAGUUUAUUCUCUAAGCAUUCACUAGAACUCGACACGGUGAAGAACCUGACCGUUUCACGUCCGACGGACGGCGGUUACCAACAGCAAUACGUCGACCAACUAAAAUGCAUCGAGGAGCAGCGAGCGAAGCGACUAGACGAACUGCGUCGCGUUGAGAAUCAUCUAGUGAAAGCCUACGGCGCAGCGACUGCUGCUGACGAGAGGAGACUGAAUGAGAGAGAGGAAGAGUGUCGGGCGUACAGGCAACUUGGUUUGCCAUCGGAUGAGAGUGAACUGGUGUUGUGUCUGGAUGAGAAGUUGUUGACAAGACACAACUUGCUGGUACCGUCUGCUGUUAGGACAGUCGAGAAGCGAGAAACGGAGAGGAAUGAAUUGAAUGAGAUGCCGAGAUAUGCGCAAGCGACUAAGACAAGUCAACUACACAGCAAAGUCGUCACUAAUGGAGACUCACUAGGGUUUACAACGACUUCAAUGAAACGUGGUGAUCUCCUCUUUCUGGAAGAGCUUCAACCAAUUCAUCGUCACUCGCAACGCGAAGCACUUGAAAGACUCGAUCGCCCUGUCAACUUCAAGUGCAAUCCACGACUACCAAUAGACACGACAUGCAGUCAUCUUGAUUCCAAGUUGGACAACAUGUUUGUCGCUGAACCGCAAAGUGUUGUAUUCGAACACUACGAAGUCGGCUACUCGUAUGAGACGGUACUACAACUAAGAAACGUGGACAACGUGAGCAGACAGCUGCGAGUCAUUUCUCCUUUGACUCAAGAAUUCAAGAUUGAUGCAGGCACAUUUCCAACGGACAAUGGACUAAUUGCUCCCGGUCUGUCUUGUCAGUACGUCGUCACCUUUACUCCACAUUCUCUAGCUCCUUGUAAUGACUUCAUCAAGGUGAUGCAGCCAAACAGGCACUCUCUUGUUGUUCCAAUAGAAGCUCAUCGUCCAACACCUCAACUAUCACUCUCGUCCGAGUGGAACUGUGGAUACUGUCUCGUUGGCGGUCGACAAGUCAUUGAGCUGGAAUGCAUCAAUCACGGCUCGGAUUCUAAGUUUAGGAUUCUCUCACCCAAGCAGCCAUCAGACAUUGAAUUUGUGGAUGUUGGAUACGUUCUGUUGCCACCGUUUGAGAUACAGCCUGCCACAUUCUCAAUUAAGCAUUUGGAGACUGUGUACAUUACUGUCAUAUUUUCUCCCAGUUGUGUCGGCUCAUUUAGUCAGCCUAUUCAUCUUGUUACAGAAAGUGAGCAUGUUAUCAACUACACUUUAACAGGUGUGAGUGAGGAGGCUCGUGUUGAGCUAGUGAAGGAUGACUCAGUAAUACAAUUUGGUGAUGUAAAUGCUGGUGGAAAUGAUGAACACGUCGUCUACAUACACAAUCACAGUCAUGUUGACUUGUCAUAUCAUUGGAGGAUAUGCUAUCCACUAUGUCACCAAAGUGUUACAUCAGACGCUCUUGGUAUCGAGAAACGAGUGGAGAGACUCAGUGAGCAGGCUAAUGCUCUAUUCUCUAUAACUCCUACUGAGGGCAAAAUACUAGCAGAGCAACAGACAGUGUUUACAGUUUUAUUUAGGCCUUUAAAGAGUGGAGAUUAUUGUAACACAGCUGACUUGGUGUUGGAUCAUGUUCCUCGAUCUGAAUCUGAUGACACUGAUCAGCCUGUAGAUGUAGCUUCUCUGUUUCAGUGGUCUUGCAUACAGCUCUCACUAAUGGGUUCUUGUUUGCCACUCUGCGUUAACAUUUCUCCACCUGUUUUAUUCCUUCCAAGUCGCUUACCGUUUGGUGAAUGUCAUAAACAACAAAUGGUGUUAACAAAUUGCAGCAAGUCAUCUGUUAAGUACAUCUGGCAAAACAUGUCUGGGCCUUCCAUCAUCACAGCAGAUCCAGCAAAAGGCACUAUGUGUGUUGGUGGCAUAGAAAUUGUUGAUGUGUUGAUUACAUCUUUUUCUCUUGAUCCGAUUGAUUGUGAUCUGGUUUGCUUGUUGGGUGACUCACAGACACUUUGUUUGCCAAUUCGUGCGGCAGUCAAGGGAGUUGAUAUUGUUGUUAAUGCUCCUCGUCUCUUAUUUGGUUUGGUUCGUAUCGGCCAGUCAAGUACGGUGGAGGUGGAGGUCAGCAACAGGUCACGUGUCUCUACACACAUUUAUCUUUCAGAGCAACACGAAAAUUCUAGCGAUCAAGUGGUGUUUACUCCAUCAUGUUGUCAUGUACCUGCACGUGGUCAUGCUGUCUUUUAUGCUAAGUUUAAGCCAACUCAACCGAUGCAUUAUUCAGCUAUACUUCAUUGCAGAGUAGAAAACGGCGAAGACCAAUAUGUGAACAUGUAUGGAGAAUGUCAGGAAUGCUCAGCAUAUGUUGAUAAGUCACGUGUUCAUUUCAACACGAUGUUUGUCGAUGUGCCCACCCAGCAUCAACUGCUCUUGUGCAAUCAAACAAGACUGACCACCAAGUUCAACUGGACGACAUGUCAAGGAGAGGAUAGCAAGUGGUGUGAUGUUCGUAUGGAGCCACAAAGUGGUGAACUGCAGCCAGGUGAACACAGGCCUACAACUGUGAGUGUUACAGCAAUGCGGACGGGUGACAUUAGUCAUUUGUUUGUCUCGUGUCACAUUGAGGACUCAAGCCAUCCAGUUUAUAUCAGCAUCACAGCUACAGUCAAAGGACUGUCUGUGUCUUAUGCGACUCCAACACAACAGCAGUUACAGCAAGGUGAUGUCUGUUUUGAUGAGAAUCCUCAGCUUACUAUGGAGUGUCAUUCUUGUAGUAUUGAUGCAAGUCGGUGUGUUGUAGUUAUGCGAAACAACUCCGCAUUAUUUGCAAAUUUUACUGUUGAGCCACGACAUUUAAAACCUUUAGUCGACAAACAAAUUUUACAAGAGGAACUUCAAUUUAGUGUGAACAGUAGAGGUACGCGGACGUCCUUGCUCACUCGAACUCCAAACCUUGCAGACCCAUUCAGCAAAUCUAUACAGCAAAGCAAGAGAGAUUAUGUUUGUAGCCUCUUGUCGAGCAAUCUUGGUGCAGUACUUAUUGUUACGCCCUCUGCUGGACGCUUGAGUCCUUUUGAGGAAGUGAAUCUGGUUGUUUCAGGAUAUGCUGACAUGUGGGGCCAGUACAGAGACAAUAUUAUAUGUCAGGUGCAUGGAUUAGAGAGUGUAUCUAUUCCAAUCAGUUUGUCUGUUUGUGGGUCUCCUCUUCUGUUUGUCUUCGGAUUGACAGACCAGCAGCAACAACAGGAACAACAUCCUACCGUCAGGUUUGGCAGUCAUGUUCCUGAUAUUCAGCCGAUUGAACGAAUUGUUUGUAUUUGGAACAGAGGACCUGUUGAUAUUCGUGUUGACUGGCGGGUGUUUGGCUCGUGUGACUUCAAUGAUGAGCAGUUGAUCGACAUCGAAUUGUUUCUGGGUGAUCCUUUUCCUCUUUUUGCGGGAACUGAAGAGAUUGAAAGUGCUGAGCAUUGUAAGAACCCUCUAGUUGGUGUGAGAAUAAGUGAACACAAUGGAGUGAAAGACAACAUACCCAUUACAAUGCAGCCAACACAACUGGUGGUUCCUUCUCGAAGUCAGGCAGCUGUAAAAGUGUUACUUAGACGAGACCUGCUCGCACUGUCCCACACUGAGACAGAAAAAGUCAUCGAUGCAUUUGUGUUGGGAUACAUGACACUAAGCGAACAGUCUGCCUUGACACCCUUGGUGACUCGUGACGGUGGGUUUGGUGUUGACCCGAUUCGUCUUGGUGUAUCUGCACACAUUAGGAAACCACAAGUUUCAAUAGAAGUGGAUGAUGAGGAUAGUAGUGAUGGCGAUGGGGUUGUAUUUAACAUGGUUGCCAGUUCUCUUAUCAAAAGUGGGCAGAUGGCUGGCCAGAGCUUGAAGCUGCAACCUAUGAUGCUAACCAAUCAUUGCCAGACGGUGCUCUCAUUCCAGCUGCACACUAGCGAACCAUUUCGAAUCACAAACAGAGACCAGCUUAGCUCUACAGUCACACUGAGACAGCAAGCGAGUGUUCAAGUAAGGUUGGGUAUGAUACUCAACAUGUCCUUACUCGAGUGCUGCUUGAAGAUACGAGAAGGAGAGAAAGUGGAUGGAGCCGAUCUGAUUCAUACUGAAAUGGGAUCUAAACUAGUGAUCAACAGAAAGCUGUGCCUCGAUUACAGCAAUGGAUCACAGCAGGUGGUGCCAAUCACUGGCUACGUAGCUUUACCACAUCUUGAGGUGUUGCCCACAAAGCUGACAUUCAGUACUGUGCUGGUCGGCACAGAACACUCAUCAGUAUUUCAGUUGAAGAAUCCAAGUCUUAGUGACUCACAGUGGACAAUGCAGGAGGAGUUUGAAGGAGAUAGUGUGAGUCCAUUCUCUAUCACUCCAAUAAAUGGUCUCCUAAAAGCUCACACAUCUCAUUCAUCAUCGUAUCAAAUUACAUUAACAUGCCAUUUCUGUCCUCAGCGGGAUGGCUAUUUCAAGAGUCGUUUCACUUUCUCUGGAGUUCUGCUCGAACAACCAACGAGUAUCGUUGUGGAGGGUCACAGUUCGUUUGACCAGAUGUACAAAGUGAACACAUAGACUUCAACAGACUUGCUGUCAUUUAUCUAUUUACAUGUAUAUAUACUUUAUAUGAAGUACAAAAGUAUUCCUAGAGAGUUACUGCA